AUGGAGGAAGCUAGUUUGUGCCUUGGUGUUUCUUCAGCUGUAUCAGAAGCUGACGCCCAUCUCAACAGUACCAUACUUAAUGGCCAGUAUUCAAUGAGCCAGAAGCUGCAUCAGAUAACUUCACAGCUCAGUCAUGCCUUUCCAGAACUUCAGAACAGGCAGAAUACUGAGGAGAAGGCAUCAGCAGCACUAGAAGAGAAAAGUCACGUGGCUAUAGCAAAUCAGCCAAUCAGCAGUCAGAUGGCACUGUUAGCAAAUCAGCUCAAUAGAGAUGUUGACACCAGUUUGAAUGGAAGAGUGGAUCUGCAACAAUUUUUAAAUGGACAAAAUCUUGGGAUCAUGUCUCAGAUGAGUGAUAUCGAGGAUGAUGCCAGGAAGAACAGAAAGUACCCAUGUCCCCUCUGUGGGAAACGCUUUCGGUUUAAUAGCAUCCUAUCGCUCCACAUGCGCACUCACACUGGAGAGAAACCAUUUAAGUGUCCGUACUGCGACCAUAGAGCAGCUCAGAAAGGCAACCUGAAGAUUCACCUACGUACUCACAAACUUGGAAACCUUGGCAAAGGCCGGGGAAGAGUCCGAGAAGAAAACCGGCUUUUACACGAGCUGGAGGAGAGGGCGAUUCUGCGAGACAAGCAGAUGAAAAGCAGCCUUUUGCAGCCACGACCUGAUGUGAAAGCACAGCAGCAUUCGCAGCCAACACCUCUGGCAAACUGUAAUUUGUCUGUGCCAGCUAAUCACAGCACACCUGAUAUUUCGAACCCUGUCCCCUCUCCAAAGCCUGUGAGUGUCCAGGAAGAAGUAGUAGCUCAGACUGCUGGGUUCAGAUGCACAUUUUGCAAAGGAAAGUUUAAGAAGCGGGAAGAGCUGGACAGACACAUAAGGAUCCUGCACAAGCCUUACAAGUGUACUCUGUGCGACUUUGCUGCCUCUCAGGAGGAGGAGCUGAUUAGUCACGUGGAGAAAGCUCACAUAACUGCGGAGUCAGCUCAAGGCCAGGGAUCCAAUGGGAAUGGAGAACAAUCUACCAAUGAGUUUCGCUGUGAGGUGUGUGGCCAAGUAUUUAGCCAAGCCUGGUUCCUGAAAGGCCACAUGAGAAAGCACAAAGAUUCCUUUGAGCACUGCUGUCAGAUUUGUGGGAGGCGCUUCAAAGAGCCUUGGUUUCUUAAAAAUCACAUGAAAGUCCAUCUGAAUAAAUUAUCCGUAAAGAACAAAUCUCCUAAUGAUCCAGAAGUACCUGUAUCCAUCAGCAGUAUGUCACAGGAAGCUCAUGCAAACUUGUAUUCACGAUACCUAUCAUGUUUGCAAAGUGGCUUUCUUCCUCCAGACAAAGCAAGUUUAAGUGAACAAAAUCAGAUUUAUAACAAAGGAGAUUUGCCCAUGAAAGAGAGAGAAGUUCUGGGGAAACUCCUUUCACCCAUUGCUGGAAUCGGCCACAGUAUUGCUGAAGGGGAUAAACAUUCUUUAUUGGGAUGUCUCAAUCUGGUGCCUCCUCUGAAAUCCAGCUGUAUAGAAAGGUUACAGGCUGCUGCCAAGGCUGCAGAGAUGGAUCCAGUAAACAGCUAUCAAGCCUGGCAGCUUAUGGCAAGGGGAAUGGCCAUGGAACAUGGCUUUUUGUCUAAAGAGCAGCAGAUACAGCGCAGCCAUGAAGACACUUUGGCAAAUGCUGGAGUUAUGUUUGAUAAGGAGAAGCGGGAGUAUGUGUUAGUAGGAGCAGAUGGCUCUAAGCAGAAAAUGCCUGCUGAUUUGGUUCACAGCACUAAAAUGGGCAAUCAGAGAGACUUGCCAAACAAACUAGACCCUUUAGAAGGCAGUCGAGAUUUUUUGUCACAUGGUAUGAAUCAGGGACUUGAUUAUAACAUGCAAAGUCAUGGAAAUGUGAAAGAAAAGCCAACUGAGUGUCCUGACUGUGGAAGGGUUUUUAGAACAUACCACCAAGUUGUUGUUCACUCCAGGGUACACAAGAGAGACAGAAAAGCAGAAGAAGAGAUAAUUCAAAGUAGCCUCGAUGAGCGACGUGGGUCUGGAAGUGAUCAGGAGUCUCAGUCUGUCAGCAGGUCGACAACACCAGGGUCCUCUAACAUUACUGAAGAAAGUGGAGUAGGUGGGGGUCUCUCACAGACAGGAAGUGCACAGGAGGACAGUCCACAUCCUUCCUCACCUUCCUCUUCAGACAUCGGAGAAGAAGCUGGGAGAUCAGUAGGAAUCCAGCAGCCAGCUUUACUGAGAGACAGGAGCCUUGGUUCUGCCAUGAAAGACUGUCCAUAUUGUGGAAAAACAUUCAGAACAUCACACCACUUAAAAGUUCAUUUGAGAAUACAUACAGGUGAGAAACCUUACAAGUGUCCACAUUGUGACUAUGCAGGCACUCAGUCUGCAUCCCUCAAAUACCACUUGGAACGGCACCACAGGGAGCGACAGAAUGGAGCUGGACCUCUCCCUGGGCAGUCUCAAAGUCAGGAACACAAGGACGAAACAUCAAGUAAAGGAUCUCUGUUUAUUAGACCAGACAUACUGAGAGGAGCCUUCAAGGGUCUUCCUGGUAUUGAUUUCCGAAGUGGCCUGGUCUCUCGGCAGUGGACAUCAGGAAUGCUUUCUUCUGGAGAUCAACAAGGACAAGCAGCUGGCAUGUCUUCUGAGGUAUCUUCAGAGAAUAUGAAGGGUUCUGACAUAUCUUCCAAAGGAACACACUUUUCUGAACUUGGCCGAGCAUAUCAGAGCAUGGUUGGAAAUGGUGUGAACUUCCAAGGGUCUUUGCAAGCUUUCAUGGACAGCUUUGUCUUAACUUCCUUAAAGAAAGAAAAAGAACUGAAGGAUAAAGCAUUAUCUGAUUCACUUUCCAUAAAAACUCUGGGCUCAGAGAGCGCUGAGGAUAAAAUAAAUACCAAGUCCUCACAAAGAAAAACAGAAAAAUCACAGUAUGAACCUCUUGACUUAUCUGUGAGGCCAGAUGCUGCCUCACUUCCAGGUUCAUCUGUUACAGUUCAAGACAAUAUUGCUUGGCAUGGCUGCUUAUUUUGUUCCUUUACAACAUCAUCUAUGGAAUUAAUGGCUCUGCAUCUCCAAGCCAAUCACUUAGGCAAAGCUAAACGUAAAGAUAAUAUUUUAGGAAACAGCAAAGAUCAGUCUCGGGAGGCUUCAGCUUCAGCAAACAAAGUCAGUUUGCUCCCCUCUUCAGUGCAGCCCAGCAAAGAGGCAAUAGUUUCAAAUUUGAUUAGCCAGCUGGACUCAGCUUCUGAGAAAAUGACCCAAGGACAAAAUAAAGAGAUGCUGGGAGAACAAAAGAAUGCUGCCUGGCCCAGCCAUAUGGAUUCCACUUUUUGUAAUUUUACAACAGACUUCUACAAGCAGUUUGGUGUUUAUCCUGGUGUUAUUGGCACAGGAGCACAAAAUUCUUGCACCAGUAACAAACCCGAAGUGAAAACACAAUCUGAAGAUGACCCAAAUAUUUUGCUCUCUGACUCUGUAAAUAAAAGUGCUACUGAUGACCUUUCUGACAUAGCUUCAUCUGAGGAUAUGGAAUCCUCCAAGGAAGAAAACAUUGAAGAUGAGGACAUUGAAACAGAACCAGAUAUUAUGAACAAGCACUUAUCUGCCCUAAAUAAAGAAAGCAGUGAAGGAGGUGACAAUAUACAAAGCGCAGUCACCUCACAACCAACACAAGGACUAAUAUCACGGUUGCCACAAACAGAAAAGCAGUGGCACAGCCAGAAUCUUCUCUCCCCCCAUGAAACUGCACAAGGUGUGAUGAAACCUGAACAAGUACAGGGUCCACAGGUCCUUGAGAAGCAGAUGAACAUGUUGUCAGUCCUAAGAGCUUAUAGCUCUGAUGGCUUAGCAGCCUUUAAUGGACUUGCAAGUAGCACAGCAAGCAGUGGCUGUAUCAAGAGACCUGACUUGUGUGGUCAUAGGCCUUUCCAGUGUCGAUACUGCCCAUACAGUGCCUCUCAGAAGGGAAAUCUGAAGACCCAUGUUCUUUGUGUCCAUCGCAUGCCUUUUGACAACAGCCAGUAUCCAGAUCGCAGGUUCAAGCGCUCCAGAGUUGACUCCGAGGCUUCUGGGAAUUUAGAGGAACCUGCAGCUGUCAAACCUGGGAGCUCAGCAGAGCUAACAGAGGAGGGCAGCAAGGCCCAAGAGUAA